ACUGGGAAGUUUGUAAAACAGGUAGAAGAAAUGUAACAUUGAUGCCGUUGCGCAAGAUGGCAUGGGAACGAAUAUCCGAUGUCAUGUUGAAGUGUUCCCAUAUCUUAGAAGUGUUCACCCGGAUUAAAUUAACAAUAAUAAUAUUUAAAUUAAACUAUUUAACGAAUUCAAAGAUAUGUCCAGACUGACAGAAGGGAUCGUCAUACUUCUACUGUUCACAAUAGGAGCUGAAUGUCAGAAAGUAUGCUACGGCCCUCUCGGUUGCUUCACCAAUGACGCACCUUUUACAUCAGCUCUCUUGACUGAACCAUUGCUGCCAGAGAAUCGUGACGCAAUCGACGUGACAUAUUCACUCUUCUUACGUCAUCAGAUACCUCGUGACGUCAGAUCGAUAAAAAAUGCAGCGUUUUCAUUGGCCAACGUCACUGGACCGCAUAAAUUAUCCCGCGAUACAAAGUUAAGCAGAAAAUGGCGGCAGUUGCUAGUAACAACGAAGCAGACGAAAAUUAUAAUACACGAUUAUGGCGACACAGAUUUAAACAAAUGGGUGUUCGCCAUGGUUGAACGAUUUCUUCAGAGGGAUGAUUGUCACGUCAUAAUUGUUAAUUGGAAAUCACGUGAUGGAAUUGGCGGGUAUUAUCAAGCGGCCGCAAAUAUAAGGGUCGUCGGUGCAGAAGUCGCUCUUAUGUUGAAAAAUAUCAAGGACUGGAAACCCGAAUUUGAAUUUGAAUCCGUGCAUUUGAUUGGCCAUGGGAUUGGUGCGCACGCAGCAUCUUACGUUGGUGAUAUCCUAAAAAUUGAUGAUGUCAAAUGUUUGACGAAACAAUCACGUGAAGAUGACGUCACAAGUGACGAUGAAGACGCAGGAUGGUGGCAACUACCAAGCUGGCUCAGAAGCUCGGAACCUACACAAACGGAACCAAAACCCAAACCAUGCGAAAAGCUUCCUCAACUUGGGCAAAUCACAGGUCUGGACCCCGCUGGUUUAUGGUUCGAAAGCGCUGAGUCUGGUGCAAGACUAGACUCUUCAGAUGCCAUUUUUGUUGACGUCAUACAUACUGACGUCAUCAAGAAAUUGACGUCAUAUUUUGGACACGGGAUUGCAAGAACGUCAGGAGACGUGGAUUUUUAUCCAAAUGGCGGGUAUGAUCAGCCUGGAUGCACGGACGAACAGACGGGAUUUGAAAAUUUGGAAUAUCAAGGAUCAGAAGGUCCACGAAAACCAAUGGACUGUAACCAUCUUCGUUCUAUUGUUUAUUAUUUGUCAACAAUGGAUCCAACUUCUUGCCAUAUGACUUCGUUUCCGUGUUCGAGUUACCGCGAAUUUCAAACCGGAAGCUGCACUUCGUGUGUCCACAAUUUCGAACCCGAAUCAGGAAGUUCGACGGGGUGGUUUUCAUAUUUGGGGUUCAGAAAAAGAAGGACUAGCGCCACUAAGUGUCUAGAACUGGGACCGGAAGCGCCAUCUUUUUGGCGGGAACACAAAAGAAGAGCAAGAGAGGCGGGUAGUCAUGUCACAAAUAUCAAAGCAUUUUUGAAAACCAGGUCGACUGAACCAUUUUGCUUGAAAUACAUCAAAAUUGAGCUUGAACUAUCAGAGCCUGUUUCGGAGGGAAUUUUGUCGUUUCGCCUCGCUGAUCACACCAAUCAUAAGACAGAUAUGAUCCCAGUUGGCAGGAUAAGCAACUGGGGAAGUACGGACAAUCCAACUUAUCUUGUGACAGUGCCGAGUGAAUUCGGGAGACUUCAUGACGUCACUGUUCUAUGGCAGAUUGGCGCGGCAUCAAUGACGUCAUGGUGGCCAAACAUCGUGGGCCAUUCCCCAAACAGAGCAGACAGCAGACGAGAACUCAGGCUUCCGCUACAAAAUAUUAAAGUAUUAGAGAUGCCGCUCAGCGAAAUAACGAACUUCUGCUCGAGUCGUCGAAAACUUCGCUCCGGGAAAGAAGUUCGGUUUACUCAGUGUGGCACUGACGAAUCCUCCUACCACGAUUAUGACGACACUGAAGGAUGACGCCAUCGAGCCUAUGA